ACUGUCUAGACUACAAGUCAGCACGACAUAGAGAUGUUCGAAGCGCCAUACCCGCCAUGGGACUUCACAAUCAAGGGCAGCUUCGCCUUUGAGACCGUCAUCAAGCGAUGGCCGGUCAUCCUCACCGGGAUCAUCGACAACAUAUAUUGCCGGAACCACGACCUUGGCGUCUCCCUCCGCGACAAGACGGACGAGGCAGAGAAAGCUACGAUAGAAGAAAUCAUCACGGAAGGCAAGGCCAUCAUCGGGCUUGUCGGUCAGGUCAAAUAUGACAUGGCCCGGGAUCGCCCGCUGGAGCCAAUCCCCGACGACGGGGAGCCGCUUGCUGACGUUUACAACGCUGAGCUCGAGAAAUUGGCGGAGACUAAGCAGAAUACCUGGCUGGCGGUGCCAUGGCUGUAUUCCGAGUGCUAUCUAUACCGGCUGGUUCGCUCGUACUUUGUGCAGACCAAGCACUGGAAAACCUACGACCCCUUCCUCGCUCAGAAGGAAUCCACCUUCCAGAAGAGUUCCAAGGCCAUCUACCAGCUCGCUACCACCAUGCAUGAGCUGGAGAAGGACAAGGACUCUCUCGCCGUAAACCCAGAGAACCUCAAGGUCAUUUUCAAGGAGAUGGUCGAGAUGUGCCUCUGGGGAAAUGCCACUGACUUGUCGAUGCUCACGCAUCUAUCGCACGAGCAAAUUCAACAUCUCCAAUCUGUGGGAAAGGACGCACAGGCGGCUCGCGCCGAGUUCAUCCUCCGAGAUGACCAGGAGAAGGUUUGGGAUCAUCUGAAGAGCUUUGCGGGCAAGGCCGAUUCUCGUAUCGACUUUGUCCUGGACAACGGUGGCUUCGAGCUGUUCACCGAUUUCGUAUUCGCGGACUUCCUCGUGACGUACACCCCAUACGCCUCCAAAGUUGUCUUCCACCCGAAACUCAUUCCUUGGUUUGUCUCGGACGUGACGCCGCCAGAUUUCAAGUCCACGACUAAGUCCCUACUCUCCCCCUCGUUCUUCCCCCAGGAGGCUACACCCGAGGGAGCCCCCGCUACUGAUUCUUCCGCGGAGUCGCGUGAGCAUCUCUACAAGAUGGUCAAGCGGUGGGAGUCGUACAUCGACUCUGGCGUAUUCUCGCUCUCCGUGCCCAUCGACAGCCCCCUCGGAUCUUCGGACAAGAAGGCGAACUUCUGGACAACCCCAUAUCCUUACUGGAACAUGAAGGAGCUCGCUCCCGAGCUGCACGAGUCUCUCAGUGACAGCAGCCUCGUAAUCUUCAAGGGUGACCUGAACUUCCGCAAGCUAACCGGAGAUAUCAAAUGGCCAACCUCGACCCCAUUCGAGACCGCCAUCGGUCCCCUCGCCGGCUCGUUCCCCAUCCUCAGCCUGCGCACCAACAAGGCGGACGUCAUUGUCGCCAUCGACGACGAGAUCGCAGAGAAGCUAGAGAGCAGCGGCGAGAAGUGGAGGUACAACGGAAAAUACGCCGUGGUGCUCUUCCAGCCGCGUGCGGAGUGAGAGGAACCGGAAGUCUAAGAACGCGAUGAUUGCUCUACAAGAGUCUGUGCGAUAGAAGAAGUUUGAACGGGGUAACAGAAUUACUAGAUGUUGUACACUGUCUCCUGUAUCACACUCAAUCUUUUGAUCACUUCGUUGUACACUGCAGCAUCUGUGUACUCUAAGUCUCCUCAUCCUCGCUCAACACAUCCUCCGCCCCCUUCCACUCCUCGUCCGGGCCCGCAUACCGGUCGCACAGCACCCACAGGUCGUCCUUCAGCUCGCGCAUCUCGUCGAACUCGAGGCCCAUGCGCACCACGACGUCCGCGCGGCGGUCAGCGCACGACUGGGCCAGCGUCGCGUAGGACGCGAGCAGUGGAGCCGUUGCGCUGGACGUGGUGAGCGCGGACAGGGCACGGUGCUUC